AUGGAUGUGACAUCACACUGCACCGGCUCUGACAUCACAGAGAGCGGAGCCAAUAAGAACCCGGUCCGAUCCGAAUGCAUCUCGAGCCAGCCGACAGCCAAUGGGACGCUCCCGCAUCACAACCCAGACCCUCUUCCUGCACAGGAGGCUCCGCCCCCGCUCUCUGAUAGGUCGGUGGACGGUGACAGCAGCGAUGACUCGGUAAUGGACAGCUCCUCCACCAAUGACCUCUCUCGCCUCCUGCCCUUCCAGCCCGCCUCUGCACUCCGAAAACAGAAAGGUGUGGACAGCUCAUCAGUGUCUACUCCUCCGCGUCGGCACAGCACCAAUCAGAAGCGUCUCUCCUCCACUAGAAGCCACGCCUCCGUUAAGACAGACGCCGACCACAUUAAGGAGGUGGCUGGAGACGACUGUUGCGUUCACUGUCUCCUGGCCUGCCUGUUCUGCGAGCUGCUGUCCAUGUGUUCGGCCCUGGGGGAGUGUCUGGUGUGCGGAGUGGGCGGAGCCGGCUGUUGUGACUCGGCGGCCGGCUGCUGCUGCUGCGUGGAGGCAGCGGGGGAGGCGGCCUGUACGGAGGAGGCGUGUCAGGCCGUGUUGGAUUGUGGGAUACUCGAGGACUGCUGCGGCUCGUCCGACUGCCUGGAGGUCUGUCUGGAGUGCUGCUCCAUCUGCUUCCCCUCGUAG